UCGGCUUCUGCCGGGAUCCGACGCCUGGACGCCCCGCGCUGCAGCUGCCCCAGCUCCGCUGACGGUCGCCUGCGCUCGCGCCCCUGGCACGCGCCCCCCGCGCCCUGGGAUCGAUCCAUCCGCUCCACGCGGCCCCCGCUGCCUCCCCGGCACUCUCGGGGGGCCCUUCCGCCCUGCACCCUGGAGCACCGGGCCGCGAGCCUUUGCCAACUCGUCUGGAUCCUCGCGGCCGUGGGCAGCGGCUGCGGCUCCUGUCGGCCCGAGGGAGGACCCUCACGGCUGCAUUUGCCCAGUAACUCUGGCUGUACCGCCCACCCCGUGGGUAAGACGGGCGCCCCAGGAACAUGGCAGACGAAGACCUCAUCUUCCGCCUGGAGGGCGUUGAUGGCGGCCAGACCUCCCGGGCUGGCCACGAUGGUGAUUCUGACGCAGACAGCGAUGAUGACGAAGGUUACUUCAUCUGCCCUAUCACCGAUGACCCCGGGUCACACCAGAAUGUCAAUUCUAAGGUUAAUAACUACUACAGCAGCCUAAUGAAAAGUGAGCAGUACAGCUCCAGCGGCUCACCUGCGAGCUCCUUCCAUUUUAAGGAAGCCUGGAAGCAUGCAAUCGAGAAGGCCAAGCACAUGCCUGACCCCUGGGCUGAGUUCCACCUGGAGGACAUUGCCACGGAAUGUGCCACGCGUCACAGGUACAACGCUGUUACUGGGGAGUGGCUGGAAGACGAAGUUCUGAUCAAGAUGGCGUCUCAGCCCUUCGGCCGUGGAGCGAUGAGGGAGUGCUUCAGGACGAAGAAGCUCUCCAACUUCCUGCACACCCAGCAGUGGAAGGGGGCCUCCAACUACGUGGCAAAGCGCUACAUCGAGUCGGUGGACAGGAGCGUGUACUUUGAGGACGUGUGUCUACAGAUGGAGGCCAAGCUCUGGGGAGAGGAGUAUAAUCGGCACAAGCCCCCCAAGCAGGUGGACAUCGUGCAGAUGUGUGUUGUGGAGCUGAAGGAGAGGCCGGGCAAGCCCCUCUUCCACCUGGAGCACUAUAUCGAGGGCAAGUACAUCAAGUACAACUCCAACUCAGGCUUCGUCCGUGACGACAACAUGCGCCUGACGCCGCAGGCCUUCAGCCACUUCACCUUUGAGCGUUCCGGCCAUCAGCUGAUCGUUGUGGACAUCCAGGGUGUGGGCGACCUCUAUACCGACCCACAGAUCCACACCGAGAAGGGCACUGACUUUGGAGAUGGCAACCUAGGUGUCCGGGGGAUGGCUCUCUUCUUCCACUCACAUGCCUGCAACCGGAUUUGCAAGAGCAUGGGCCUCACUCCCUUCGACCUCUCGCCAAGAGAGAGGGACGCAGUGAAUCAGAACACCAAGCUCCUGCAAUCAGCCAAGACCAUCUUGAGGGGGACAGAGGAAAAGUGUGGGAGCCCCCGAGUAAGGACCCUCUCUGGGAGCCGGCCCCCUCUGCUCCUUCGCCUUUCAGAGAACUCUGGAGAUGAGAACAUGAGCGACGUGACCUUCGACUCUCUCCCUUCCUCCCCAUCUUCGGCCACACCACACAGCCAGAAACUGGACCACCUCCACUGGCCUAUGUUCAACGACCUCGAUAACAUGGCACCCCGAGACCACGACCAUCUGGACAACCACCGGGACUCUGAGAACAGUGGGGACAGCGGAUACCCCAGUGAGAAGCGGGGUGAGCUGGAUGACCCAGAGCCCCGGGAACACGGCCACUCAAAUGGCAACCGGAGGUAUGAGUCGGACGAAGACAGCCUGGGCAGCUCCGGACGGGUCUGUGUGGAGAAGUGGAAUCUUGUCAACUCCUCCCGCCUCCACCUGCCGAGGCCUUCAGCUGUGGCCCUGGAAGUGCAAAGACUCAAUGCUCUGGACCUUGACAAGAAAAUUGGGAAGUCCAUUUUGGGGAAGGUCCAUCUGGCCAUGGUGCGCUACCACGAGGGUGGGCGCUUCUGUGAGAAGGAUGAGGAGUGGGACCGUGAGUCGGCCGUCUUCCAUCUGGAACAUGCAGCCGACCUGGGCGAGCUGGAGGCCAUCGUGGGCCUGGGACUCAUAUACUCGCAGCUGCCCCACCACAUCCUGGCUGACGUCUCUUUGAAGGAGACGGAAGAGAAUAAAACCAAAGGAUUCGAUUACUUACUGAAGGCAGCUGAAGCUGGUGACAGACAGUCCAUGAUCCUGGUGGCACGGGCUUUUGACACUGGCCAGAACCUUAGCCCAGACAGGUCCCGAAACUGGCCAGAGGCCCUGCACUGGUACAACACUGCCCUGGAGAUGACGGACUGUGAUGAGGGUGGUGAAUACGAUGGGAUGCAAGACGAGCCCCGGUACACACUGCUGGCCAGGGAGGCCGAGAUGCUAUUCACGGGAGGCUGCGGGCUGGAGAAGGACCCGCAGAGAUCAGGUGACUUGUACACCCAGGCAGCUGAGGCUGCGAUGGAAGCCAUGAAGGGCCGGCUGGCCAACCAGUACUAUCAGAAGGCGGAAGAGGCCUGGGCCCAGAUGGAGGAAUAACUUGCUGGGAAAAGCACUGCUGGCCAGUCCCAAGCAAAAGGGCUAGGAGGGGUGAAAAGAAAGACUUAUUUACUUAUUUAGGGGUUUUUCUGGGGGGGAGGGGCAAGUAUUUUUAAUGUGUUAUAAAUCAGCUUUUGUAUUUCAUUUUUUGACUCUUGAAAAUAUCUUUGCUACCAGCAGAGACACUAUAGCUGUCUGCUAGGGCAGCAUGUUGGGGGAAUGGGGAUUGAAAAAGCAGCCUAAUGAA